UCCUUCGGAACAAACUUCAGGACCGCAGCCAACGGGAUGGUUAGACUUGUUCACGAAAGCCUCUGGUGCCAGGACGAUUCACAGAACCACUCCAUCGCCUCAUCCAUAUUCAGAUUCGGAAAGAGAGCUCCAAUGGAUCGUUCCGCGAUGGUCAGGUUCGGACGCGCUCCUAUGGAUCGCUCGGCGAUGGUACGAUUUGGUAAACGUGCCCCAAUGGAUCGUAGCUCGAUGGUUCGUUUUGGUAAGCGAGCGCCAAUGGACAGAUCAAGCAUGGUUAGAUUUGGAAAACGAAUGGCUUCUGGAGAACAGUCACAAUUUGCCGGUCUGUAA